GAACAUCCCUAACUCAUAUAACUUGAUUUGGUGCCGGGGUGAGUUUAUCGACGACCUUUUAUGCCUGAGGCCACAAUGCCUCUUACGUAAGCCGCACAUACGUGAAGACCACAUCUCGAAAUUGGCGGAGGGUGCAUCGCUAUGGUGUUCCGUAUUGAUACGUGUCUGCCAACUUUCGAGCUUCAACGACCAUUUACCUCCAGUAGUUGCGUAUUGGCAAGUCGAGACCAAGCACCCCAAGCUGCAAUAACGUCAAGUCUAACGACCAAUAUCGGCCAGACCAGCCAUUGGCAGCGAGAGGCGCAGGUUGAUGCGGUGUCAUCUAGGGAACCGACCUUAGAUCUUUGAAGCUGCGGAGGAAGAUUCCCAAACCAGGCUCGCGCAUCCGAGGCCAAAAUGCGGUUAGACGUGAAGAGGCAACUCUUCGCCCGCAGCGAGCGGGUGAAAGGCAUCGACUUCCAUCCCACCGAGAACUGGAUCCUGACAACCCUCUACUCUGGCCAUGUCUAUAUCUGGUCAUACGACACACAGCAGAUCGUUAAGACCUUCGAGCUCACCGACGUCCCUGUUCGAGCUGGCCGCUUCAUCGCCAGAAAGAACUGGAUCGUGUGCGGCAGCGAUGACUUCCAAGUGCGGGUCUACAACUACAACACCAGCGAGAAGAUCACGAGCUUCGAGGCGCAUCCUGAUUACAUCCGUGCCAUCGCCGUCCACCCGACACAGCCCUUUGUGUUGACUAGCUCAGAUGACAUGACCGUCAAGCUCUGGGACUGGGAAAAGGGAUGGAAGUGCGUGCAGGUCUUCGAAGGCCACUCGCACUACGUGAUGGGAUUGGCCAUAAACCCGAAGGAUCCUCAUAUCUUUGCGACCGCCUGCCUUGAUCGGACUGUCAAGAUCUGGAACCUUGGCUCACCACAUGCCAACUUCACCUUGGAGGCCCAUGAGACGAAAGGCGUCAACCACGUCGACUAUUAUCCCCACAGCGACAAGCCCUACCUUCUUACUACAAGUGACGACAGGACAGUCAAGGUUUGGGAUUAUACAACUAAGUCACUGAUCGCCACACUCGAGGGCCAUACCAACAACGUGUCUUUCGCCUGCUACCACCCCGAACUCCCCAUCAUCAUCUCCGGCUCAGAAGACGGCUCGAUACGCAUAUGGCAUGCCAAUACCUACCGCUUUGAACAGUCGCUCAACUACGGACUGGAGCGAGCUUGGUGUGUCUCCUCUCAGAGGGGCAAGCAGGGAAUUGCUGUUGGCUUUGACGAUGGUGCUGUUGUCGUCAAGUUGGGCCGCGAAGAGCCCGCUGUUUCGAUGGACUCGUCGGGAAAGCUGAUCUGGGCAAGACACAAUGAGGUUGUCUCGGCGAUCAUCAAGGGUGGUGAUCCGUCCAUCAAGGACAAUGAACCGAUCAGCCUCCCGUCAAAGGAAUUGGGUUCGUGCGAGGUAUACCCUCAAACUCUAAUCCACUCUCCCAACGGCCGAUUUGUGGCUGUUUGUGGGGAUGGCGAGUACAUCAUCUAUACGGCCCUGGCAUGGAGAAAUAAGGCGUUCGGGUCUGCCCUGGACUUUGUCUGGUCCAGCGAGAGCAGCAACGAUUUUGCCAUUCGAGAAUCCACAACUAGUGUCAAGAUCUACAAGAACUUUGUGGAGAAGACUGGAGGCCUAGAUGUCGGUUUCGCGGCAGAUGCCUUGACCGGUGGUGUCCUGCUUGGCGUCAAUGGCCAGGGAGGCAUUUCAUUCUUCGACUGGAAUACAGGAGGAUUGGUCAGGAGAAUAGAGGUUGAGCCGAGACAUGUCUACUGGUCGGACAGCGGCGAGCUUGUCUGCCUUGCCUGCGAGGACACCUUCUACAUACUGAGAUUCUCGAGAGAGAACUAUGUCGCCGCAGCCAAUGCGGGGCAGGUAGAGGACGAUGGUGUUGAGGCAGCCUUUGAAGUCAUCACCGACAUUAACGAAAGCGUCCUCACAGGCGAGUGGGUUGGUGACUGUUUCUUCUACACCAACUCGACCAACCGACUCAACUACCUCGUCGGCGACCAGACGUACACGGUCUCGCACUUUGAUCAAGCCAUGUACAUCCUUGGCUACAUUCAACGCGACUCCCGGGUGUACCUGUCGGAUAAAGAUGUCAACGUCACGUCAUUCGCCCUCUCGCUUCCCGUGCUCGAGUAUCAGACGCUCGUCCUCCGCGAGGACAUGGAGACGGCGGCAGAACUUCUGCCCAGCAUCCCGCAGGACCAGCUCAACAAGAUUGCGCGGUUCCUCGAGGGUCAAGGCCACAAGGACCUGGCGCUCGAAGUUGCUACCGACCCAGAACACAAGUUCGAUCUCGCCCUUGCCCUCAACCAGCUGGAUAUCGCACUAGAGCUCGCCAAGGAGGCAGACGUCGACCACAAAUGGAAGACGGUCGGCGAUGCGGCUCUCGCAGGCUGGGAUGUCGGCCUCGCUGCCGAGUGUUUCGUCAACGCGAAGGACUUGGGUUCGCUUCUGUUGGUGUACACGUCUACCUCGGACCGGGAAGGCAUGGCCAAGCUUGCCGAGCAGGCUGAGAGUGCCGGGGCACACAACGUGGCUUUCACGUGCAAAUGGCUGCUCGGCGACGUGCCCGGCUGUGUCGAGAUCCUGACCAAGACUAACCGGCUCGCCGAGGCGGUGCUCUUCAGCCAGACGUACAGGCCUUCGCUGACAUCCGGCGUCGUUGCAAGCUGGAAGGAGAGUCUCGAGAAGAGCAAGAAAGGCCGCGUGGCCAAGAUUCUGGGCACGCCGGGCGACGACGAGGAGCUGUUCCCCGAAUGGGAAGAGUGGCUGAGGCUCGAGAGCGAGGGCGGGGCCGUGGACGUCGGCGAGGUGGCGGCCAAUGGUGCGGAGAACGGCCACACGGCCGAAGGAGCCGCCGAGGAGGAAGAGGAAGCCGAAACCGAAGGGGAAGCGGAGGUGGAGUAAGCAUGUCCUUAUAACCCCACUUCGCGGGGGGGCCUCGCCAAGCCUGGUUAAGAAGCCGGCCUUGUUGCGGCCCUCUCUCGGAGUCUACUUGCAGGCGCGGAAGUUGAGGGUCUCGGGGGUCAUGAACGGGUUCAUCGGAUAAUGUCAUUUUGUGGACGAAGUGCUUGAUGCAAAAGCGGGACAGAGAUAGAAAAACAAAGCUCUCAAUCUGCGCAGCCCCGGUUCUGACGCUUGUGCAAAACAUGCGACGCGUCUGCUAUGCUACGGUAGUCAUAGGUAGUUAGGAUCUGACUGGCGAAUUCUGCCUAGCGAGGAUAAGCACGUACAGACACUUGCCUCAGUCGAGGAGAUAGCAGUUAGAGUACCUGGACAACACGUCUGGUGUCGCCAUCGAUGGAUCGAUUCACUCGAUUUGAAUCCCACUUGCCAUGUCAUCCAUCUCCCUCCCUGAUGGAGACUUUCUUGGUAAUCCGGGGCCGGUGCAGCGACUUUCCGGUCGG